AUGCGAGGCUCGGCGGGUAUAGCUCAGACACAUAAGAGGGAAGAAGAUUCUUUCAGCAAGUGCCAGAUGUACAACCAGAGUGAUGACUUUCACUCGAGCAGUAAAAACCCCGUCCAGUGUCAGCACGGCUGGGACUAUGACGAUACGUGGUUCUCGCUGACGGUCCCUUCGCAGAUGAGCUGGGUUUGUGACAACAGGCACGUAACAAAUGACGUCUUGUUCUACGCACAGAAUAUCGGAGUGGCUCUGGGACUGCUCUUUGGGUAUAUAGGCGACAGGUACGGCCGACGGCCGCAGCAGUUUCUGUGUGUGGCAGCCCACGUUAUCAGCAGGCUGUUGCUGGUCCUCACUCCAGACGUACUUCCGCUGUUCAUCCUGGCGCAGUCCCUUAUAUCAGGGGCCGCAGGUCCUAUGAUUGAAUCAGCUUUGUCUGUUGGUUUGGAGCUGACGGACAUCAGACAUCGGACGACGCUGAACUAUUUCUCGAGCAGUAGCCUCGGGCUUGGCAUCAUGGCUUCCGCCUUUUUAGCCUGGCCCCUGCGCAACUGGAAUUACUUUGUGUCUUGUUCUGCAGCAUUCUGCUUAGCGCUGUUUUUAUUUUUCAGGUGGUUCCCGGAGUCUCCGCGGUGGCUGGCGUGCAGAGGUCGUGAGGAGGACGCCCUGAGGCUGUUGAAGCGCAUCGCCACUACCAACGGUGGACAACUGCCACCUUACGCUCGGCAGGUGAUGCGGAACGUGGGUAAGGCCCAGAGGGACAGGAAGGGCUUCCUCAGCCUCUUCUCUAGCUGGAACGUCUUCAAGAAUAGUGUGCUCCUGAUUAUGGCAAGGUAUGGUGAUACAGAGGAGAGCUAA